AUGGAUUUGGUAGAUCUUGAACUCUUUAUUAGCAAGACCCGUCUGAUUUUCGGCCACUCGUUUGAUGGCGACAUUCUUCUCUGCGGAGGAAAGCCACUUCGCACUGUAGGACUCAGGGCAGCGAAGAGGAAGAAGGGGGCUGUCCGCCAUAAAGGCACCACUGGCCUUCCAAAGCAUGCUAUCAAACUAGUUUCCGAUGCCAUUGACUCGUCAUCAUCUGAGCUACGUCGGCUGAAUUUGGAAAUCUGGAACAAUUCCGAAGUGAGAUUCAAGGAAGAGAAAGCCUGCAAAUUGCUUGCGGAACGGGUUAGCAGUCAAGCACGCUUUUUGGUCGCAGCCUGUGAGAGAACGGUCUGCUACAAUGCGGAAUAUGACGCUCUUCCUGAACUUGGCCAUGCAUCCGGCCACAAUCUCAUCACAACAUCAACCCUCGCCUUAGCCGUCGGUGUCUCUGCCGCAAUGAAAGCAUUGAAUAUCCCGGGAACGUUGACUGACUGCAGCGUUGUCCUCAUGACGCACGGAAUGCCGGACUUUUCCACCGCGAGGGCCGUCACGAAAGCAUCAUGGAAAUUCAGGGCCAAGUUUUACGGAAAGACUGCACAUACUACACCUACGCCUCAACAAAUUCAGAAGACGGAGAGCAUCCAGUCUGUCAUACUGGACGCUGGGAAGGCCCCCAAUAUUAUUCCAGACUACGCUGAAGGUAGUUUUUCUCUGUGUGCAAUUGACUCGCCUGAGUUGGAGCGUCUCCGAAUCCGUGUCAUACCGAUUUACGAAGGGGCUGCAGCUGCUCCAGGGUGUACUGUGGAAUUAUUUUGGGACGCCUUGUACGAAGACGUUGUAACCAAUAUGUCCCUGGCGAACCGAUAUACACAGUAUAUGAUCAACGAUCUAGGCCUCACGCCGGCUGAUAUUCCCUCCCCAUCCGACUCAUCCCCCAAGGUGAAUAAGAAUGGUAGCUCGUACGUCACAACUUACCGUAAUGGGAUCCAGGCCCCGUUCAGCAUUAACGCCACUGAUAUGCACCACACCCCCUGCUUCCAACAGGCCGGCCUUGGAACGGAUUAUGCACAUAUGGAGUCCUUUCGCGCCGGAAAAACGAAUGCUCUCGUUGGCCUCGAUGUGCUGCUGGAUGACGCAUUCUACCGACAAGUUCAACAGGAAUGGGUCAGCGACAUGAAGCAACGUGGCCGUCUUGUUGAGUAG